AUGGUUGAAUCACGUCUUUUCAACCCUUUGAAAAUAGGCAACGUGGAGUUGAAGCAUCGCAUUGGGAUGCCGUCACUCACACGCCUCCGAGCAGGUGACGACCGUGUGCCAACGACUUUGAUGAAGGACUAUUACGGGCAGCGGGCCUCUGUCCCCGGCACCUUGAUCAUCACAGAGGGCACCUUAGUAUCUCCAUCAGCCUGUGGAGCCUUCCCUAACGCGCCAGGGAUUUGGAGUAAAGACCAAGUCGCUGCAUGGAAAGCGAUCACCAACGAGGUUCACAGCAAAGCUAAGGCAGAGGGAAUCAGCAUUGCAGCACCUAGCGCCCUUCCAAUCGACGAAAACUCCCCGAUGCCAAAAGCCAUGACCAUCGAAGAAAUCAAGCAAAUGAUCCGAGACUUUGCCACCGCCUCAGAGAAUGCAAUUAGCGCAGGGUUCGACGGUGUCGAGUGCCACGGCGCGAACGGUUACCUCAUCGAUCAAUUCAUUCAAGAUGUCAGUAACAGGCGCGACGAUGAGUAUGGUGGUAGCGUGGAGAACAGGUCCCGCUUUGCCAACGAUGUCAUGAAGGCUAUGGUCGAUGCAGUCGGCCCAGAGCGUGUUGGGCUCCGUCUAAGCCCUUGGAGUACAUUCCAGGGCAUGAGAAUGGAGGAUCCCAUCCCGCAAUUUACGGACAUCAUCAGCAAUGCCAGCCAACUGAAUCUCGCGUACCUCCAUUUGGUCGAAUCACGGAUUUCCGGUGCCGAAGAUUCCGAUAGCAACGACCGUCUAGACUUUGCAUACGAGCUCUGGAAGAGACCCAUCCUUGUUGCCGGGGGUUUCAAGCCUGUGGAGGCACAGAAGCUAGUCGAUGAAGAGCAUCCGGACAAGGAUAUCGUGGUCAUGUUUGGGAGAUACUUCAUUGCAAACCCAGAUCUGGUGUAUAGGAUCAAGAAGGGGGUGGAGCUCAGUGCGUACAAUCGUAAGACUUUCUACAUCAGUCAGUCACCCGUGGGCUAUCUGGACUAUCCAUUCAGCAUGGAGUACCUGGGGAACGAGAAAAAUGCCAUCAGCUCGGCUUGA